GGGGAAAAAAAAAAAGGCCAAAGAAAUGCUUUUGGCUUAACAAGUUUGCACGGUUAAGACUACUUGACCUGUUGUUAAGCUUUAUACCUCAGAGCUCUGCUGGGAAGCUCUGUCAGCUUUUGAAAGGCUGGAGGUCAGACUGGAAAGCUCCUAAGCCUUGUCUGAUUUGUGUGGGAAGAGCAGAGAGCAGGAUCAGACUUCAAGGUACAGGAGCACAAACACCUGAGACGGUGCAGAGCUCUGAGGGCUGAGCGAGCCUGUCUUGCAGGGCUCUGUGCUCAGCACAUACAGGUUUGUGUGGCUCAGUGUGGCUCUGCUUGCUGCAAAACCCCCACCAGUGCCAUCACUGACCCUGGGGACAGCAGGAGGAAUGAUGCACCCACUUUCUGCACCGAGAUUUGGGGGGGUCACUUUACAAUGCAAAAACAGCUGUUGGGUUUCCAAGAAUGAUGUUCAGCAGAAGCUGCUCAUUAUAGAAAGGAGAAGAUCCUGAAUAUCCCCAGCUAUUGGAAGGCUGGGAGGAAUUUGCUUUAGAUAAGUGCGAUGACAGGAACCCAGAAGCAGGGAUAAACUCUGCUGGUUCAUAGUGAUGUUGAUUUUGCAGCUGUAUCUGCCAAAGCCCUGGGCUGUGCCUGGCCGGCCGGCUCGUACUUGGCAGAUGCGCAUGCGUCUGUCGCAAUAACCAGAAGGAAAUGUUACUCAGCCCCACUUCCUCAAGGGUCUGUGGCAGAGAGGAAUCCGUGGUCCCACGGCGAGAGGCUGCGAGGAAGACUGUGAGAUUCUUCAGGCAGCUCAGAGCAGCUCUGUCACAGACUGCUGGAAGCUCAACGGCUGGCAGCUUUUGGCUAUGGAUAUGUGAUCCACGAUAGGUGCUGUGUCUAGGAUAGAGUGCAGAGCAGAGACUUUGCUGGCUACAGCACGGGCUUCUCCAUGGGCUGCAGUGUGGAUCUCUGCUCCAUGGAUCUCCACAGGCUUCAGGGGAGCAGCUGGCUCACCGUGGCCUUCUUUGUGGGCUGCAGGAGAAUCUUUGUGCCAAAUGGCAGAGCAAGCAGCCAGGUGCCCAUCUGCUCUUCUGCACUUGAGUUGUCUCCUGACCCAUCUGUCUGCUGCUGAAAUGGAGUAUGUCUGGUAUUGGCUCGAUGAUUCCAAGCAAUGGAUUGAGUACGGGAAAGAGCACCCAGAUCAUGUCACUGCCACUGUAACAUCUGCAUUUCUGGAGAAUGAAUAUCUAGCUGACAAGAAUGGUGUUAUUUUUUUCAGGGCUGGUUCUCAGAAGUAUAAGUUAGACUUUGCAGACAUGAUCCAAACAAAUCUGCUCUUUCAAACUCAAAGAAGUGUUAUUCGACUGCCUAAACAGCCUGAAGGUGGACAAGAUGGAAGCCAAAACAUGACUCUCUCGCAUCCUGUCUAUCCUCCACAGUGGGACAAAACUGCUCUACCUGAUAUCGGGUUCAAGUUGAUACAGCUCAGUUAUGAUUCCCAAGAAUAUAGAAAAAUCAAGAGUCUGUUUGAGAAGACAAUGAAAAAUUACUGCAUCAACCAACUGCAGAGGAUCCAGAACCCAACACUUUGGGACAUUUUUCAGUGGUUUGUAUCUAUUUUAUUUCAUUAUCCUUACUGUAUGAGAAGAGUGGUAUUUCCUGACCUGUGGUCCUCCAUAGACUACGUUUGGAGCUGCCAAAUUCAGCAGUCCAGCAGAGGUGAGGCUGCCAUGUAUCUCUCUUCCCAGGUCUGGCUGGUGGCCCAGGCUUAUGACUGCCCCAAAACCUGGGUCUCUGAGGCUGAGGCUUCCCUGGGGCAGUCCUGGAAGGAGACUGGGGCACCUCUUUCUGUGACUGGGCUGUUAAGGUUGCAUCUGUGUUCUUUUGUGUGUGUAGAAAUGGGCCUUUUAUCCCUAGCAAGAUGUGUGUGUGAUUCCUGCUAGUGUUAUUCAAAAAAGCAAAUUCUUUUCCUUCAUCAUAACUGAGCUUUGGUGUUUCAGGUUUAUUCUUUUGGUUUUAGCGUCUUCCACAUAGGAGUUAAAAAAAGAAAGAAAAAACCAGGAGAGGUAUUUUUUGUGAUAAAGGGGCAGAGAUUAUACAGUCUUCACUGUGGCUUCAUACAGCUCAGUUUUAUAAUCAUUUUUUUAUAUUCAGGAUUUAUGUAACAUGGGAACUGACCAAUUCCCAGUCAAGAGAUGUUUGUCUCUUUACUCUCUCAUGUGGUAUGAAGUUGUGGGUGACGCAGUCCAUAGUGAUGCUGAGAACUUUUUGUUUUGCUGGCAGGAGCCAGCUGUGCUGCAGGGUACCAGCAGAAGCGCAAAGCAGGCAGUAACCCCACUGAGAGUGGUGUCACUGUUCCUCCAUAACCCAGAAGUAGGAAGAGUUGAGUUGGGAAACUCUCCUUGUUUGAACCAGGAUAACAAAUAAUUUUGUUGUUUGUUUGUUUGGGUUUUGUUUUUGUUUUUGGUGUUUUUUUUUAUUUUUUAUUUUGUCUCUAGGCAAAAAGAAAAGAUGAGGAAGCUCCAUCAAUUGAAAGCGGUAAAUGAGAGGCUCCUGUUCCAUGGCACAAGUCCAUCCCAUGUGUCUGCCAUCUGUGAGCAGAACUUUGACUGGAGACUCUGUGGGACUCAUGGGAC